AUGACACUCGUGGCCGACGACUCGACUGCCUCGAUGGCUCGGAAGCGUCCGGCGCCCUCCGAUGGGGGAAAAGAUGCACGCAAAGCAUCAUUGGCUACUGCACCAAGCGUGGGCUGGACUGCAGGGUUCCUGAACAUGGACACAAGCGCAUGUAUAUGGCCAAUUUCUGCUACACAGAACGGUCAAAGGAGAGACUCUAAUUCUAACCCACAAACAUCUCACUCCUCCCCUCAAGACCCUCUUCAUGUUAGAUCAAGAUCCUCAAGCUUCAUUCGCCCUUCUACAAGUUUCUCAGCACCCCUAGCUCAACAUAAAUAUCCUCCUUAUGAUGGCACUCAAGCAUCACCAGCUGCUACUAUUCUUGCUGGCUCUUCCCUCAGCUCUAGUCAUACCUUUGGCUCCCGAGUCCAAGACUUACUCGGCUCAUCUCGCCCCGAGUCAGAGCCAACUUCAAAACCCUGGAUCAGUCCUGAGGCAAACUUACGCCAUGAAGUUAUUAGCCAUCCAUGGCGUCUCUCGAGCAGUGACUUUCCAAAGUUGCCCCCAAGAGAUGAGGCUCAACGGUUGUUAGAUACAGCUUUGUUCUAUAUUGGUCAGUCACAGCAUCAUAUUGAUGCUCGUGAGUUUUCUGAUAAAAUGUGGGCUUUCUACCAGAAUCGGGAUGAUCCUGCUCAGAUGGAGUCUCUGUGGGUUCUCGAGAUGAUUCUUAUGAUUGCUAUUGGAACACUGUUCGAUGCCAAUCCCGAGGGGAAUGACGACUUUUCUGGGGUCAGACUCUUUGAGUAUGCCCAUAAAAAUGUUCCGACGUUGUCAGACUUGCGAUUCAAUGGAAAGCUUGGUAUUGAGAUUUUUGCUCUCUUUGCCAUCUAUCUCGGCAACAUGAAUCGUAAGGAAGAGGCAUAUCUCUAUAUUAGCACCGCCAUGCGCUUGGCAAUUUCGCAGAAGUAUCACAGAGUAUGUGGAACUAGACACUUGAUGCAGUCUGAGAGAGUUCAUAUGAAUCGUCUGUGGUGGACUAUUUACAUGCAAGAACGACGUCUGGCUGCAGCUACAGGUAACCCCCCAAGCAUCGGUGAUGAGGCAAUCAACAUCCCUCUUCCUACGGACUCUCCUGGCUUCCCACCUGUUGGGCCCAUGUGCACAAACAUCAGGAUCGCCCGAGCCACAGGUCGUAUCUUGGCUGUGCUCUAUAAUCCUGAAGACGAGUCAGAAUCUACCUUUAUUCCCCAUGUCCAAGAUAUCGUCAAAUCCUUAUACCAGAUCUCCCAGGAAAUACCUUCAGAUGCAGUUACAGAUGUAUACAACUUGGGCCGGGACCAGUCUUUGAGAACGACUGCUUCGUUGCAUCUGAUGCUCUUCCAAGCAACUAUUCUUACGAUUCGACCGCUCAUGCUACAUGCUGCGAAACUCAUCCUCAGCGGAAAUGGCCUUACAGGAGAACAGCUACAUGCUUCACCUCUCGGGAGACUAUCAAGGACUUGUGCUGAGGCUGCAAGGCGGCAGCUCAAGGUUGUUGCCACGCUCAGAAAACGCAACAUGAUAGCAAUCUUUGGCUUUUACGACUUCGAAGCUUCCUUCUCAGCUGCGUUCAUCAUGAUUCUCGCUGCGAUCCUGGAUUCAGUCUGUGAAGAAAGCAUGAAAAUCAACCCCAAGCCCGGUUUGACGCAGGCAUUGGAAGAAAUACAGCAUCUUGCUGACCAUGGAAACACGUAUGCUCGCGAGAGAUUGCAGGAGGUCAAGAGACUAUGGAAGGUAAUGGCACAAAAGAUUGAGUCACUGCAAGUGGUCAACGUAUCUCCCCAAGGACCACCGGGCGAAGGCCAAAACGCCAACGGUGUCACACAAACCAACGGCGCAACACCAUCUGGUUUCGGUGAUCUUCACCGAGGCGAGCUUAUCCCUGGAGAUCAAAGUCAAACAUCGCCAGAAGACUUCAUGCCUCUCGACACAGACUUAUGGGACAACUUCUCUAACCUCUGGGUUCCUAUGCCUGAAGUCGUAGAGGGAGGCUCGCAGCAAGAGAUGAUGAUGGGGGAUAUCCCGCAUGAUGACUUUUAUAAGCAUUGCUAUUCUAUGUAUAAUAACCCGGACUGGGAUCUUACGGGUGAGGAUGUUGGGGACUUUGCUGAGCUUGGAAGACAUAUUCAAGAUUCAUGA